ACAUCGAUCGCAUAAACGAUGGCCGUGCUUGCGUUCUAGAGCCGCAGUGGAACGAUUCAUCGAAGGAACGAAUAGAGCUCGUAGCAGCAGCAGCAUGCCCGGAUUGACAGUGCUGAAAAUGUCCUCUCAUGUGCCGCAGGCCAUGAGCGUCAGAAUGGAGAAGCGCAAGGAGCAGCGAGCCUCGGCCGCGCUUCGCAGGCCGCGCAGGAGCAGAUCGUUCAGGAAUCGCAGCGUUCGCGCCGCCUGCGAUGCGCGCAGAGCUCGCGACGACAUCGACAUCGGCAAGGCCUCGAGCGGGCCCGGGUCGAUUUUCGGGAGCGAGAGCUGGCAUCCGAUGCUGCUGCAGCAGAGCCACGGCGAGAAGGUGCGGUGCCUGAUCAAAAUGAUCGACCAGCAGAGCAAGCUCUUCGAGCACGGCUCCAUGUCUCCCAUCCAGCAGCUCCAGGUGCGCAGGUUCCGCUCGCUCUUAGCUCUGGCUCAGCACUUCGACAACAAAUCCCAAGUCAAGGUGGGAGGCACCGCCCGGGACUCUGCAGCAGUGGAUGAAUCUGAACGAGGAGCCAUUCAACUCGGAGCAGAAUUAUCGCAAUUGUCAUUAUCACCAUCUUCGCCAUCGUCGAAAUCGUCGUAGGACCAUUUUCAGAGUCACAAUUUUGCCCCGCGGCCUUCAUCUCCCUUCACCACUGUCAGUCAACUCAGGUGGGAAUGUGUCGCACGAUCUUAGCAAAACGAGAUGUAUAUACUUUAGCACGAUACGUGUGGCGUUCGGAUCUGAGUUCCGAGCCCAUCUUCUCGUACGUAUCUGAUCUCUGAGACCACUGAUUGAUUGAUCGAAGGUCAUCCAGUGUGGUCUCAUCUUGUACACACAGUCAGGAAAUACAAAUGCAAAAGAAUUUGCACAGAG